AUGGAGUGCUGUAAAACGCUGAGCGAACGGCCGAAGCCGAUCUUGAGUAAUUCUUUCCUUCUUCCUUUUCUCUAUCGCGCUUAUAUACACGCGCACAUUCCCUUCUGUUGCUGCUUAUUGAUCUUUGGUAUUGAAAUGGAGGCGACCAUGGAUGCUCAAGCUCCAGCGGAAUCCGAGGAACCGAAAAACGAGAGCGAGGAUGAGAAGUUGGUGGAGAAGGCUCAGAAGCUAAUGGAAAAGAUCACGUCCUCGCAGGCUAACCCUAGCGCUAAGGUUCUUCAUGCCCUAGCUUCCAUGCUUGAGACUGAAGAAUCCAGAUACAUGGAGGAGUCAGGUCAUUCCUCUUCGAGUAAUGGACGAGCUUCUCACAAUAUUGGAAGGCUGGGGAACUUGGUUCGGGAGAAUGAUGAUUUCUUUGAGUUAAUAUCUUCCAAGUUCCUGACGGAAAAUAGAUACUCAACCAGCGUUCGUGCAGCUGCUGCAAGGCUGGUACUCAGCUGUUCAAUUACAUGGAUGUAUCCUCAUGUUUUUGAAGAUUCUGUUUUGGAGAACAUAAAACACUGGAUAAUGGAUGAUAUGGGUAGAGUUUCUGCUGAUGAAUGCAACGGAAAGCAUGGGUUAGGCAGAAAUACACCCACAGAUUUUGAAAUGCUGAGGACCUAUGCUACUGGACUCCUUGCUUUGUCUUUAGCUGGUGGUGGUCAAGUGGUAGAAGAUGUUUUGACAUCUGGGUUGUCAGCCAAACUUAUGCGUUACCUCCGUACCCGAGUCCUUGGGGAUAUGAGUACAAGUCAGAAAGAUGCUAGUCAUCCAGUAGAGAGUAAGAAUACUUCUAGUGCUGCUAGUGGGAGAGGUAGAGAGGAAAAUAGGGGCAGAUUCCGGCAAAUCUUGGAUAAUGCUCAUAUAGAUGGUUCAAGGAUGGUAGAUGGAUUGUUAGAUGAUCAAAAUAAUGAAAGGGACCGUGACAAAAACAUCAGUUCCAGGCAAUUGCGUGGAGAAGAGUGUUGGGGAGAUGGAGGAGAGUCACUGAAAUCUCGAGAAUCAGCUGAUGAUUUGGUUGAAGGGGUUAGUUUGUAUGAAGGCGAGGAUGAUGUUGAAAUGGCUGGUGAAGAAAGAUGGCAUGGUCGUGAUUUGCGUGAUGGGAAGGCAAAAUUUAGUGAUAGAUAUGGUACUAGCAGAUCCAUGAGAGAUGAAGAUAUUGAUGAGAAUGCAAGAGAUGAAUCAUCAAGGCGCAGGGCAAACCGUGGAUGGGCAAGGGUUAGAGGAAAGGGACGGGCUAAUGAAGGAGCUGUAGAAAAUGAAAGGGCUUCGACUUCUCCUGGAUCAGUAAUACGAUUAGGAGGACAAAGUCGUGGUAUUAGGGACAAAAAUCUACCGAGAAAUGCAGAUCCAAAGCGAGCAUCUGAUACCAAGAAGUGUUCAAGCAGGCUGGAUGCUGAUGGUUUUGUCAUGGUAAGAGAUGAUAAUGAUGAUUGCUUCCAAGAAUGCAAGGUUGGUACAAAGGAUAUCUCAGAUCUGGUGAAGAAAGCAAUUAGAGCUGCUGAAGCUGAAGCCAGAGCAGCAAAUGCACCUAUUGAGGCUAUCAAAGCAGCUGGUGAUGCUGCUGCUGAACUUGUCAAGAGUUCUGCAUUGGAGGAAUUUAAAAAAACAAAUGAUGAAGAAGCUGCAGUUUUGGAAGCAUCAAAAGCUGCAUCUACUGUUAUAGAUGCAGCUAAUUCAACUGAGGUCUCCAGGAGCUCUACUAAUGUCAAUGAAGACCCAACAAGUUCAAGAGCCACAGAACCAGAACCAGAUGAAGAGCUGGAAGGAUCAUUUAUUUUAGAUAAUGACUCUCUUGCACAACUAAGAGAGAGGUGCUGUAUCCAGUGUCUUGAGAUCCUAGGGGAAUAUGUUGAAGUUCUAGGACCUGUUUUGCAUGAAAAAGGAGUAGAUGUUUGUCUCGCACUAUUGCAACGGACUUCGAAACAUACAGAAUCAUCAAAGGUUAUGGAAUUUUUGCCUGAUGUGCUGAAGCUAAUUUGUGCUCUGGCUGCUCACCGUAAAUUUGCUGCGUUAUUUGUUGAUCGUGGGGGCAUGCAAAAACUUCUUGCUGUUCCAAGAGUCGCCCAGACUUUCUUUGGUCUUUCUUCCUGCCUAUUUACUAUUGGGUCUCUUCAGGGGAUUAUGGAGCGUGUGUGUGCCCUUCCUUUGGAUGUUGUCAACCAGGUGGUUGAGUUAGCUCUUCAUCUUCUUGAGUGCCCUCAAGAUCAAGCAAGAAAAAAUGCUGCUGUAUUUUUUUCUGCUGCAUUUGUUUUCAGAGCAGUUGUGGAUUCUUUUGACACACAAGAAGGCUCACAAAAAUUACUGAACCUUUUAAAUGGUGCUGCCUCUGUGAGGUCAGGAACUAAUGCUACAACACUUGGUCUGUCUAAUACGGGAUCUCUUCGAAAUGAUCGAUCACCUGCAGAGGUAUUGACAGCAUCAGAGAAGCAAAUAGCCUAUCACACUUGUGUUGCUCUACGACAAUAUCUCAGAGCACAUCUUCUAUUACUUGUGGAUUCUCUCCGUCCAAACAAAAAUCGAAGUUUAGCCCGACAUAUUCCGAGUGCUAGAGCUGCCUACAAGCCACUUGACAUUAGUAAUGAGGCCAUGGAUGCAGUGUUUGUUCAAAUACAGCGGGAUCGGAAGCUUGGUCCUGCAUUUGUAAGAGCUCAUUGGCCUGCUGUGGACAAGUUUUUAGCCUCUAAUGGACAUAUUAUUAUGCUGGAAUUGUGUCAAGCCCCAACUGUUGAGCGCUAUUUACAUGAUAUGGCUCAAUAUGCAUUAGGUGUUCUGCACAUUGUCACAUUGGUACCUUCUAGCCGCAAGCUAAUUGUAAAUGCAACAUUGAGCAAUGAUCGUGUUGGUAUGGCAAUUAUUCUAGAUGCAGCAAAUGGUGCUGGCUUUGUAGAUCCUGAGGUUAUUCAGCCGGCACUAAAUGUAUUAGUUAAUCUUGUUUGUCCUCCACCUUCGAUUAGCAAUAGACCACCUGGCCUUGCACAAGGUCAACAGUCUGCAACAAAUGGUCCUACCGUGGAGAGCAGGGACCGAAAUGGUGAAUCUAGUGUUGUGGAACGAGGUAGUUCAGCUAUACUCAGUACACCAUCACAGCCAACCACACCUACUGUAACCUCAGGUGUAGUAGGAGAUCGUAGAAUAUCUUUAGGUCCUGGGGCAGGUUGUGCUGGCCUUGCUGCACAACUGGAACAAGGAUAUCGUCAAGCAAGGGAGGCUGUUCGCGCCAACAAUGGUAUAAAGGUUCUUUUGCAUCUCCUUCAUCCUCGCAUACUGACACCUCCGGCUUCUCUUGACUGCAUCCGUGCACUUGCUUGCCGGGUUUUACUUGGUUUAGCCAGAGAUGAGACAAUUGCUCACAUACUGACCAAGCUUCAGGUUGGCAAGAAGCUUUCAGAAUUAAUUCGAGAUUCAGGCAGCCAGACACCUGGAACAGAGCAGGGCAGGUGGCAAACUGAACUUGCCCAAGUGGCAAUUGAAUUGAUUGCGAUUGUAACCAAUUCAGGACGUGCAAGUACAUUAGCAGCUACAGAUGCUGCUGCCCCAACUUUAAGGAGGAUAGAAAGAGCUGCUAUAGCUGCUGCAACUCCUAUUACUUAUCAUUCCAGGGAACUUCUACUCCUUAUACAUGAACAUCUUCAGGCAUCUGGCUUGAGCACUACUGCUGCUACACUUCUAAAGGAAGCUCAAUUGGUACCAUUGCCAUCAUUGGCAGCACCACCCCCUCUUCUACACCAAACGUCUGUGCAAGAAAUGCCAACGGUACAACUCAAAUGGCCUUCUGGCCGGACCACUUGUGGGUUUCUCUCAGAUACAUCAAAAUUAACAGUGCGCGAGGAGGAUUCCAGUCUAAAAUCUGAUUCAGUUCUCUCUUCUGUUAGAAGGAAACCAAUAUCUUUUUCAUCUAGUCUCAGCUUUCAGUACAGAAACCAGACUCCAUCUCAUCCAUCAUCAACUAGCAAGGUAUCCAGCACUCCAAAGAAUCCAUCUGCAGCUUCAGGGGCAUUGGAUACUCCAGGGGUUUCUGUUGUCAAGCCUGUUUCAGAUUCAGAACCCCAACUUAAGACUCCAAUAGUAUUGCCAAUGAAAAGGAAGUUAGUGGAGCUCAAGGAUAGCUUUGCAUCACCCGGAAAACGACUUGCAACAGUUGAGCAUGGUUUUCGGUCUCCAUUAUGUCAAACACCCAAUGCUGUACGUAAGAGCAAUCUACCAAUAGAUGCUGUUGCAUUUUCUAUCACACCAAGUUCUAGUCAGCGUGAUCAUUGUGGACGGACAGCUCCAAGUGGAAUUGCUGCCGAUAAUUUGGAUGAUAAUCAUUAUAAUAAUUCCUCUCUGGGCCAGAUGACACCCUCUGCUUUCCAACCUAUUCUUCUAGCUGAUCCACAGUCAGGUAACACAGAACGGGUUACAUUGGACUCUCUUGUCGUGCAGUAUUUGAAGCACCAGCAUCGCCAGUGUCCAGCUCCUAUAACCACCUUACCACCACUUUCUCUGUUGCACCCACAUGUGUGUCCUGAGCCAAAACGAAGCCUUGAUGCACCUGCAAAUGUGACAGCUCGUAUGAGCACACGUGAAUUCAGGUAUCAUUAUGGUGGGAUUCACGGAAACCGCAGGGACCGUCAGUUUGUCUAUAGUAGAUUCAGGCCGUGGCGCACUUGUCGCGAUGAUGGUGCUCUUCUGACUUGCAUAACUUUUCUCGGGGAUUCCUUACGAAUUGCAACUGGCAGCCAUUCUGGCGAGCUCAAGAUUUUUGACUCAAACAAUAAUAGCGUUCUGGAAACUCACACAAGCCACCAAUCACCUGUGACUUUUGUCCAGUCGUCUCUUUCUGGUGGGACCCAGCUAGUGCUGUCUUCAGGAUCAUAUGAUGUCCGGUUGUGGGAUGCAUCUACUGUCUCCAGUGGUCCCAUGCAUUCAUUUGAAGGAUGCAAGCUGGCAAGGUUCAGCAAUUCUGGGUCAACGUUUGCUGCCAUAUCGUCUGAGUCAUCUAGGCGUGAAAUUCUCUUGUAUGAUGUCCAAACCUGCAAUCUGGAUUUGAAACUUUCUGAUACCUCUGCUGGUUCUUCAGGUCCAGGCCGAGGGCAUGUACAGUCGCUUAUACAUUUUAGCCCUUCAGAUACAAUGUUGCUUUGGAAUGGAGUCUUAUGGGAUCGUCGGGGCUCAGGCCCUGUUCAUCGUUUUGACCAGUUUACAGACUAUGGAGGUGGUGGGUUCCAUCCUGCUGGGAAUGAGGUGAUCAUAAAUUCUGAAGUCUGGGAUCUCCGAAAGUUUAAGCUUCUUCGCAGCGUACCCUCCUUGGAUCAGACAGUAAUAACAUUCAAUGCAGGUGGGGACAUAAUUUAUGCAAUCCUGCGGAGGAACCUUGAUGAUAUUACUUCAGCAGUCAACACUCGCCGUGUCAGGCACCCUCUUUUUUCUGCAUUUCGCACUGUGGAUGCCGUCAACUAUUCUGACAUUGCUACAGUUCCUGUUGAUCGCUGUGUCCUUGACUUUGCCACAGAGAUAACUGAUUCAUUUGUUGGUUUGGUAUCCAUGGAUGAUCAUGAGGAGAUGUUUGCCUCAGCCAGGCUCUAUGAGAUAGGGCGACGGCGGCCGACUGAUGAUGAUUCAGACCCUGAUGAUGCUGAGACUGAGGAAGAUGACGAAGAUGAUGAUUCGGAGGCUGAUGAAGAUCCAAUCCUGGGGCCUGACCUUGAUGCUGAUGUUGACAGUGAUGGUGAUGAUAUGAGCAAUGAUGACGAUGAUGACAGUGUCGAUGAACUUGAUGACGACGAAGAUGUGGACUUUGCCAUUGAUGACGUGGAAUUUGAUACAGGAGCAGGAAUAUUGGAGAUUGUUACGGAAGGUGACGAGGAAGAUGAUAGUGAAGUGGUCGAGUCUUUCAGUAGUGGGGAUGAAGGGGAUAUGCUGGGUAAUGGUUUUGGAUUUUAAAUGUUAUAUAUUACACAUGUUUUAAAUUGUUGAAAGGGAUUAUUUUUUCGCCAAUGAAGUGAUGUAAUUAUUGUUGAUGAGUUUAGAUGUCACUUGGUCGGGAUUCUGGGCGUUAUUUAAGCCAAAAAGAGAGAAAAUUGUGGCAACGGGGAUGUGAGUAAAGGAUUAAGAUCCCUGUCUUGGCCUGCGGGUAAAGGAAUAAAAGUUUUCAUUCUAUAGCAUUUCAACUUCUUUCUUAUUUUA